CCGAAGAAAAAUAACGGGGCAAGUAUGCCGGCAUUUUGAAAAGAAAGCCGAGUAUCGGAAGGAAAGCCGGUACGAGCUGAUCCAGUCAAUGACCGUUUUCACUCACCCAUCUUCACUCCAUACAACACAACGUGCCCACGAUCCCUUAACGCCCAACCUACUUUCUCUACUCCACCAUCACAUAAUACCACAAUGGCUGCCUCAAUGAAGGAUAACCGAGCGCUCCCCAUCCUCGUCCAUGCUCGGAAGCACAAAUAUGGCGUGCCCUCCAUGUGCUGCUACAACACCGAAGGCAUCCUCGCCACCAUCCGCGCCGCCGAAGCCAAGUCCUCGCCCGCCAUGAUCCUGCUCUUCCCAUGGGCGAUCCAGUACGCAGGCGGGCUGCUCGUCCACCUCGCUGCCGAAGCUGCCCGAGGCUCUUCGGUCCCAGUCUCGGUCCACCUUGACCACGCCCAGACGCCCGAGAUCGUGCGCCAGGCGGCCGAUAUGGGCGGCUUCGACAGCAUAAUGGUGGAUAUGUCGCACUAUGAGAAGGAAGAGAACUUGCGGCUGACGACGGAGCUGACGAAAUACUGCCAUGAGCGGGGGAUAGCUGUUGAAGCGGAGCCGGGGCGGAUUGAGGGAGGGGAGGAUGGCGUGAGCGAUACCGUGGAUCUAGAGGGCUUGCUCACGACGCCGGAGGAAGCGCAGGAGUUUGUGGAUUGCGGGAUUGAUUGGUUGGCGCCGGCUUUUGGGAAUGUACAUGGGAAUUACGGGCCCCGAGGUGUGCAGCUAGAGUAUGAGCGGCUGGAUGGGAUUGAUAAGAAGGUUGGGCAUAAGGUUGAGCUUGUGCUGCAUGGGUCGGACCCGUUUACGAAGGAGAUAUUUGGGAAGUGCAUUCAGCAUGGAGUUAGCAAGGUGAACAUAAACAAGGUAUUGAAUACGCCCUGUCAAAAGGUGUGGGCAGAAAAGUCGGGGAAGGUUCCCUUCACCGCGUUGAUAGAGGAGGCAACGAGAGAGAUGCAGAAGGCGGUAGAGCAGUGUAUUGAACUGCUUGGGUCAGAGGGCAAAGCGGUUUAGGAUUUUUCAGAGGAAAGGAAACUACUAAUUAAAUAUGACGAGAUGAACGCGUUCGAAAGGGGGAUGGGGAACCUUGGCAUGGUGCUGAGCCCGACAAUGAUGGCUCUGUCCACCGCCAACGCUCGGAGGUGCUCCGCUCGAAAGACAAGUUAUCAUAAAUUCAAAACUAAAGGUGGUUUUCCGGAGAGGUGAUCACAGCUGCACGUUAAAAAGGGGUUGCGGCCCCUGUUGAUGCCAAGCUUUUUGACAUCAUUCCGGACGUCGCAUUCUUCCUUUCCCUACCCAGACACACUUCAAUGUUACAAAUUGCAAUGCCGGAUUCACUAAGCAUAUCCGCAAUGUUAUAACAUCCCCCCUUCUUUAUGUCAUCUCGACGUGCCAGCCAUUUUCUCGGACUAUCCCAGAGAUGCGGACG